CUCGAAGUCCUUGCAUAUUCAACAGCGGUUUCGAAGCACCCGGCGAUAUAAAACAUCACCCCUCCGAACCUAAUCUGAGACCUAUAGCCGCCAUAUUUCAUCAUGUUCGAGAAACUCAGUCUCCGAAUUCCGUACCCUCCACCACAAGAAGGAUUUUGGGGACAGCCAACUUCCACUUUAAACUGGUGCGAGGAAGUGAGUUGUUCCCAUUAUCUCUGAUCUUCGGCGUUGCCGCAAUUCUUUCAUCCAUCAGUUCAUAGCUAAUACACACCAGGACUAUGUCAUCAGCCAUUACGCUGCGGAAAUCACCAACACUUUGACCAACCUGUUAUUCAUGGCGCUUGGCGUUCAGGGAGUGCGGACUUGCCUCAAGUACAAACAUGACACGGUAUUUGUCAUCGCAUACCUGGGCUAUUUGCUAGUAGGCUGCGGUAGUUUUGCUUUCCACGCUACUUUGUCAUGUAUCGUAUUCCCUCUCCUCAAAGCUAUGCAAGCUCGCUGACAAGUACCUAGAUCCAAUGCAGCUCGUAGACGAGCUUUCCAUGAUCUAUACAACAUCCAUCCUCUGUUAUGCAAUCUUCACACACGACAGGUCUCGCUUGUUCUCGAUACUCCUCGGGAUCGGACUCGUUGUGCUAUCCAUUUCAAUUACAGCAUAUUACCACUACAUUCAAGACCCUUCAUUCCACCAAAACACCUUUAGCAUCCUUUUUCUUGCCACAGUGUUCCGAAGUCUGUACACGAUGAAAGCAAUUUUGCGUCCCACGUUGAGCAACACGUACGCAAACAAGUCCCGCAGGACUUCGCUCUCAGACAAGGAAGCGCUAUAUUGCCCUGUUCGAAUUGAUCAGGCUAUAAUUCGUGAGAUGCGAUGGAUUGUGGCCAUGGGGUUCAUCACCUGUGCAGCAGGUAUUGCCGCCUGGACACUUGACAACUUACGCUGCGGUGAUUUUGUCAAGUGGAGACAUCGAGUGGGACUGCCAUGGGGUAUACUCCUCGAAGGCCAUGGGUGGUGGCACCUGAUGACUGGGCUGGGAGUGAACUACUUUAUCACCUGGGGUAUUUGGCUUAGGCAUUGUUUGAACGGCAUGCAAGAACAAUACAUCUUGCAUUGGCCACAUAAGCUAUUUUCCCUCCCAGUUGUCGUUCCCUCGACCGAACACGCACGAUACCUAAAGCUACAGCAUGUAAAGAAUGAUGCCUUGGGGGUUACUGGCUUGGAGAAAAAGCAGCUGUAAUCGCUUAUGAUGAACUCUGUCCGCCAUUUCGCCAAGAUUGAUCUAACUGUUUCUGGGCUCUAGAGUACCUAUUCAACGGAAGAAGCAGUUGGAUAUUGGCAUAGCAUGAGCUUCAGCCUCAUGACUAAGAGUCACGGAGGCACAAAUCUAACACAUAUCCAGAUUAUCACGGUUUAUGUUGCCAAGCCUAGACAUAGCAUUCAAUGGUGGCCUGUCGAGCGCGACAGAAUGUCAAGAUUUCUAGGCAUCUGAAGCGAAGAUUAAAGUCAGGACCCUACU